AUGUCCCCCACCUCCGCCCUUCCGCCGCUCUCCCAUCUCCAAUGGCGAGCACCCGAAUGGAUUACCGCCUUUGGACCGUUGACCAAAUCGAUCCUCAUGGACUAUUUCGUCCUCUCCCCCUUCUUCGAUCACGGGAGCAACAACGCCACCUUGAGGAUGCAGAUCAUGUUCUCACGACAGGGAGGUGCAGGUGCAGCCGGCAACGCGGCCGGCGGUUUGAUGGACGGUUUGGACGAGGAAGGGGAAUUGAAGUCAGUCUAUCGCGAGGGUGUGGUAGGACCGGUCAUUGAUCUUGUUUCCGGUUCUGUGUAUGCCAUGGGGUAAAGGAGGUUCAAAGGGAUCGAAUACGUCGUCGUACAUGAUGAUGCUCCGGGCUUGUUCAUCAUCCACAAGAGGGAUCGACAAUCACCCACUCAAGGCACGUCCGCCUACCUUGCUCGAACCUCAAUCCGUACACCUCUCACACUCAUCUCUGCUGUCUUGAUCAGCUCACACCAUAGCAGCCUACCACAUCCUCAACGACUCGAUCUACGAGGCCCCCUCCUUGUACCAAGUCGUCAAUGAACGCCUCGUACGUCCUCCACCUUGACUCCGUCCCUAACUACGCCCCAGCCUUGGAAACCCCCUCCCCAACACUUGUUCUUUCCUCUGAUCGUCCCAGCUCGCCUCCCUCCACGCCCUCUCCACAUCACUCAAUGCGCUCAAGGCGAACCAACCUAAUUGGUCGACCGAACGUGGCGCCGGACAAUGGAAGAUUCGGUCCACGGCAACUACGCUCACCGAUCCAUCUUUUUCUUCGGCCACGGAUCUGAACCCUCUUGACGUGUUGGGAGCUCAAGCGACUAAAAAACGUUCACGCGAGGACGAAGCAUCAAGUCCCGACGAACCGGAACCGGUCAUUCGAGCCGAAACCGGAGAAGGGGUUCAAGAUCUGUCGAAGCGACCUCCCGAGACUUUUAAUCCGUUGUUGUUCAACGCGUUGGAUAGAGUGGCGAGAGAGCUUCCCGUUCCGAUUCGAUUGGACGAAUCGAUACCACCACCUCCGAAUGGGAGUUUGGGGGAAGCUGAGGCGGGGAAGAAGGAAGAUGGUGGAACUACUUCGGGGGAAGCGAGUGGGGGCGUCCCACAAAGAACGAAAGCGUCUUCGACUACGGCGCCAGGUACGGGUACCAAAUCGGGGAAGCAAAAAAUCACGCAGGGUCCGAAUGGGAAGAGGAUCCCGAGGAAGGCCUUGCAGGCUCAAGCCUCCGCUGGGGCGUAG